AUGGCCAUUGCAAACCUGCAGCUGCUCAGAUUCUUACUCAUCUUUAGCUUCCUCUGCUGCAAACCUUCCCUUUGCUGCCCAUAUGAUCAGAAACAAGCCCUCCUUCAAUUCAAAUCCAUUCUGAUUCAAGAGUCCUUUGGGAAUUCUUCCUCCUACAAUGCAGACCUUUAUGGCCUAGGUUCAUGGAAUUCUAGUUCAGAUUGUUGUUUCUGGAACAGGGUAACCUGCAGUUCACUCUCACAUUCACAACCUGUGAUCAGUCUUAAUCUCUCCUCUCUUGUUCCCAAUAUAAAUCUUGAGUCUCCUGUGACUUCAGAGGUCUUGAAGCCACUCUUUCAGAUAAGAAGCUUAAUGAUACUCAAUAUCUCCUCCAAUUUCAUUCAAGGUGAAAUUCUUUCUGAUGGUUUUACUAACUUCACUAACUUGAUUCAUCUUGACAUGAAGGAGAAUCGCUUCAAUGGUUCCAUUCCUUCUCAUUUGUUCCAUUUGACAAGUCUCAAAUUCCUUGAUCUAAGCAGCAAUUCUUUUGAAGGGACUUUAAGUAGUGAAGUGGGUUCUCUUCAGAACUUGAACACAUUGAACUUGGAAGGCAACCUUCUCGAUGGAAAGAUCCCAGCCAAGAUCAGGAACCUCACUCGCCUUCAGCAAUUGUUUCUUGGCUAUAACAAGUUCACCGGUGGAUUCCCAAUUGAAGUCUUGAAUUUGAAAGGCUUGGAAGUCUUGGACUUGAAGAGCAAUUCUUUGUCCAUGGAGAUUCCGGCUCGGGUAGUAGAGUUGUCUAAUCUAUCAACUCUGGACUUGAGCAGGAACUUAUUGGCUGGUGAAAUUCCACCAACCAUACUGAAAUUAAGCAAGUUGGAAAAACUCAAAUUGGACAAUAACCAGCUGUCUGGAGUUAUCCCACCAUGGUUGUUUGAUAUCAAGAGCCUUAAGUACCUGGACCUUGGUGGAAACAACCUCACUUGGAAUAACAAUGUGAAGAUAACUCCCAAGUGCAGGCUAUUUCAGUUAUCUCUAUGGUCUUGUCGAGUAGCAGGACACAUCCCCUAUUGGCUUUCCACAAUAAAAAGCCUCAAUUCCUUGGACUUGAGUGAUAAUAAGCUUGAAGGAACCUUCCCCCAGUGGCUAGCUGAAAUGGAUCUUGGAGGUAUAUUUCUUACCAAUAACAAGCUCGAAGGUUCAUUACCACCUCGUCUAUUUCAAUCGCGAAAUCUAUCAAUAUUGGCCCUUUCGAGGAACAAUUUCUCUGGUGAACUGCCUAAGGACAUUGGAGAUGCUACUGGCAUCAUGAUACUCAUGUUGGGUAGCAACAGUUUUACAGGGUCAGUGCCUGGAUCCAUCACAAAGAUGAGUAAUUUAAUGUUGUUGGAUUUGUCUCACAACAAGCUUUCCGGCUGUAGUUUCCCUGUUUUUCCAGAUCGGUUGCCCUCAUACAUUGAUCUGUCCUCCAAUGAAUUCACAGGUGAGGUCCCAUUGACAUUUGGGCGGCAAACAAAGUUACUCUCAUUGGAACACAACAAGUUCUCAGGCUCCUUGCCUAAGAACCUCACAUACUUGAGCAAACUUGAACAUCUUGAUCUCCAGAGCAACAACAUCACAGGAGAAUUACCAGAGUCUCUCUCAAAAAUCUCCACCCUUCAGAUUCUGAAUCUUCGAAACAACUCCAUCGGAGGCUCGAUCCCUAAGGCAUUAUCCAAUAGUAGCCUUCGUAUCCUGGAUCUCUCCAACAAUAACCUUACUGGGAGCAUUCCCUCUGAGUUUGGAGAUCUUGUUGGAAUGGUUAAAACAGCCAAUUACAUAACCAUAACGGAGAUGUUACCAUCCUUGAUCGGCUACAAUGACGAGUUGGUGAAAUGCAUGAAAGUGAAAGAGUUGAUUGUGAAUUGGAAGAAAUCAGUGCAAGGGCUCUCUUGCCUUGGCCUUGGAAUCUACUCUUUCCUGGACUUGUCAAGGAACCAGUUAUCUGGUAAUAUCCCUGAUUCCAUUGGUGAGCUUAAAGGCCUAAAGUCUUUGAACUUCUCCUACAACCAACUCACUGGGAUGAUUCCAAAGAGUUUGGGUGAGCUAGAGAGCACAGAGAUAUUAGACUUAUCACACAACAAGCUUUGUGGAGAAAUACCACCUUCAUUUUCAAAGCUCUAUCAGCUUACCACAUUGGACUUAAGCAACAACAAGCUGGAAGGUUCAAUUCCAUUGGGUGGGCAAAUGGACACCAUGGACAAUCCAAAUUACUAUGCCAACAACAGUGGGUUGUGUGGGAUGCAGAUCAAUGUGUCCUGUUCAAUUUCUCCACCAGACCAUGGACUUUCGCUGAAGAAGAAUUUGCAGCAGAGAAAUAUUAUAGAAGAGGAGAAAUGGUUUGUGUUGGAAGGGGCUGGAAUUGGUUUCAUUGUUGGGUUUAUCUCAUCAAUAUCAGUCAUCUAUGGUGCUGGGUAUUUUGGCCACCCAACACCUUGGUACACCAUGGCUAUAGCCGUUGUUGGCAAGGCUAAGGGUCUCUUCAGGGACGUUUUGAUCAAAUCUCAAUUCUCUUACUGUUUGCUCGUUGGCCAGCUCUCUUCCAUGGUUAGAACUUGGAAAACAAACACUUAG